UGUUUUUAACGGGGCUUCUUCAUUUUCUGUUACACUCUGACUUUUAUUUCUCGAACCUCUUGCUCGCCUCAUGGUGAUUUACGAAAAGUUUAUUAGAUUGUAUUUACAGUAAUAAAGGGGCCGUGGUGACAACAACCACAAUGCUAAUCUUCUCUUACUACCGCUUCCUAGUUGCUGACUCCAAAGAUCGUCUGGAAUGAGGAUUAACCACUUCGUGCUCUAUUUUCUCUUCAACAAGUGCGCAGGCAUAUACGAUUCCACAUUAAUACAUCUGUGCAUAGACAUUACAGUUAUCGACAACCCUGAACUAUAGUUAAGGAUUACAGUUCAAAGUUCGUCUCAAAUACUCUAAAUUUACCCAUGGGACUCUGUGCUUGAGUAUAAGCACAGAGUGGGCACUCUUAUACGUACCCGUAUGGGGGAACAGAACAUCGGAGACCUAAGGUUCCGACUUGCUCAUUGGUCGGAAUUAUUUUUUUGCAGGAUAUGUGGAAAUAACGUGUUCAUCAAGGUGUUGAGGUUAACAAUGAUUUUUUUGAAUACCGUUCGUUCACCGAAGAAAUGACAUCACGAAGUUGUAGUGCCCGCGUCCUCUGUCAGCGGGCGGUUAUCGUGAAGAUAAUGUGCAGGGGAAUGAGUGCAGCUGCACACCCACAGUCUCAGAUAGAUUUCCUAAAAGGAGAACCUCACAGGAAGCACCCAGGGGUGACCAAACUGAAAAUGCUGCACCUUCCUGAGAAGCUCCAGAUUGCUGCACAGUCGAUUAUUAACAGAGCUCAUGUAUCUCAGCUGACUGACCGCACAUGCAAGCUCACUAACUACCUGUGGAGCAGAAAGCGAGCAGUUGAGGAUGUGACACUGAGACAGAAAGCUGUUAGCCUGGAGAAGGAACUUUGGGAGAAAGCAAUGGAGAAAAGAGGAGAUAUGGAUGAGCAAGCACUGGAAGAUCGCAUCAGGAAGAAAGUGUUUUCCAUGCUUAAAAGAACUACAUAUCACUGGACUCCAAUGAAAUAUGAUGAAGAGUUGGGUGUGGUGUAUAUGGCGGCCCGGCUGGCUGGGGGCUACGCGGCAGUGAGGAGAGCUCUAAAUGAGAUAAAGAAGAGGGAUCCCUCUUUUGCCCCUCAGUCUCUCCUGGAUUUUGGUUCAGGGCUGGGAACAGUUGCCUGGGCGUCACACUCAUGCUGGAGUGACACUUUGAAAGAGAUGAUAUGUGUGGACAGCUCUGGGCCAAUGAACAUUCUGGCAGAGCGGCUCCUCAAAGGUGAUGAUGAAAGAGCUGAUCCUCAGAUCAAACACGUCUAUUUCAGGCAGUUCCUCCCUGUCUCUCCUAAGGUGCAGUUCGACUUGGUGGUCGCAGCCUUCACUCUGUCGGAGCUUCCCACUGCGAAGGAGCGAGAAGAGGCCGUGUUCACUCUGUGGAGGAAGACAAGCUCAUACCUGGUGCUGGUGGAAAAUGGGACCAAAGAGGGCCAUCAGAUACUUAUGGAAGCCAGAGACACCUUAUUAAAUAAACAAGAGAAGACCGUAUAUGACUCCAGACCUGCCUCAGUGUUUGCUCCGUGCCCUCAUCUAAUGGUUUGUCCUAAACUAGCCCGGGAACCCGUCGUGCCCUGCAACUUCCAGCAGCUGUACUACCCUCUGCCUCUGCCCGGGCACAAUGACCGUCAGAUAGAGAAGUUCAGCUACCUGAUUGUGACUCGGACGGAACCGACACAGACCGACACAGAAGGCGUGGACUGGGCCAGGCUGAUUGCACCGGUGAAGUGCAGAACCAGACAUGUCCAUUGUCAGAUGUGCUGCCCUGACGGACAGAUACAACACAUGGUGGUGACAGCACAAAAACACAGCAGAGAUGUGUACCGCUGUGCUCGGAACAGUGACUGGGGAGAUCAACUGCCUGUCAUUCAGAAAAUCGAGGAUGAUGUUCAUGGUGAUAAUUCACACUAACCCUGAGAUAAGGCUGUUGUCCAGAGACCCAUCAGUUGUUGGUUACAUAUAACAGCUGUGUCUUCUUAUGGGAACUGCUAUAUUACUUACAAUAACUGUUGUGUGGGUUUCAAGAUUACUUCAAUAAAAAGUCAUUGUUCAUUCC